AUGUGCCCCCUGUAUCUACCAACGGCCGGGCAAGUGCGCCACGACAGCCGACGAAACUCCCCGUCCGCCGCCUCCUCCUCAUGCCAUUUCUCCGCUGUUAACCUCUAUAUAGGUCAUCUGUUACCAUCCACGGCCGACCGCAGCAUCCAAUUCCUCAUCUUUCUACAACCCCACAUCCGCUUGGUCAGCUUCCCCCCCUCCCACGCACCCUGUUGCAUUUCCCGUCCCCGAGAACCAAGAAUAAUGUACUCCCGCGCUCUACUGUCACUCCCUGUCGCCGGCAUGGCCGCCGCUUACACCGCCUCUUCGUCCUCGUCAAGUCGGCCACAAGCUCUACAGGCCCCUACGCCGCAACCACAGGCACCUCGCAAGCGCUACAAUCGCUUUGCCAAGGACAACGUGGAUGACGUGCUCGACCUCAAGCGUCACCAGCGUCCCCCUGUCGGGCAUGCUGCGCUCAACUCGGGGUUUGCCGUCGAACUCAGCUCAUGGUGA